AUGAUGAUGUGUGAGAGCGAUAACGAAAGUGAGAACAAUUCGUCGGCUCACAUUUUUGUCUUUGAGCAACGCGCAUACAUUAAAAUCGAAACGAUUCGUGGUAAAACAGUGCUUGAAAUUCAUGCCACGUUAAAUGAAGUGUGUGGAACGGAUACUGUGGAUCGUAGUACGGUGCAAAGAUGGCAUCAGCGAUUCCGUGAUGGUCGUAUAANUAGUGUAACCGGGGAUUACUACAAAACAUUCCUUGCCAAAAAAUUGCGACCAGAAAUCCGUAAAAAGCGACCAGGAAUGUUACAAAAUGGUGUGUCCAUAUUGCACGAUAAUGCGCGGCCGCAUAUCGGAGUACCAGUCGUCGCUCUUUUGGAGAAAUAUGGAUGGGAACGCCUCAAACACCUACCGUAUUCGCCGGAUUUAAGUCCCCCGGACUUUGAUUUAUUUCCAAAACUGAAGGAACCACUUAGAGGAAUCCGUUUUCCCAACUUAGAUAUACUAAAUGAAGAAGUGAGCCGAAGGAUCCGUGAACUCAACAAAGAUGGCGUCCUAUGCGGCAUUCAAGCGCUCCCGAAACGAUGGCAAUCGUGUAUAGACAAGCAGGGAGAUUAUAUCGAAGGUCUAUAA